AUGGAUGAAGAAAACGAUAGCUCUACGAAGAGCAUCACAAUGGAAAUGAAAGUAUACAUGCAUUGCGACGCUUGCGAGAAGAAAGUGCGCCGUACCAUCAGCAAAGUCGAAGGCGUCGAGACGAUAGAGGUGGACAGGGAAGAGAACAAGGUCACGGUGACAGGAGAUUUUGAGCCUGAGAAGGUGGUGAAGAAGAUCAAGAAGAAGACCGGGAAGAAGGUGGAGAUCUUGGCUCCCGAGGAAAAUGAGGACGAGGAAGGCAACGGAGAAGAAACUUACGUUCCUUACGGUGAUCCAUUGUUGUACCCUGCUGAUGCAGAUGUCCCCGAUGAGUUUGAGAGCUAUAGACCGGAAAGAUGGAACUUCCAUUACUUUGAUGACGAGAACGCACAAGCGUGUAUGGUUGCAGCUCCCACCAUGGCACCAUCUAUGAGAAAACAGAAUGCUCAGAAUGUUACACAGUUAAGAGCUAAUUUUGGGACUGAUUAG